AACGUGACAACAAUGUGUCUGUUUCAGGCCAUCAUGCACCACGAGGGUCACAUGGACGAUGGGCUGACCCUGUCCCGCUCGCAGCACGAGGAGUCCCGCACCGCGCGGGUCAUACGCAGUACUGUCUUCCUGUUCAACCGAUUCAUCAGGGGUCUGGACACCCUCAGUAAAAAAGGAAAGACCUCGACACUCGACCUGCCGAUCGAGUCGGUCAGUUUGAGUCUGCAGGAUCUGAUUGGCUACUUCCAGCCUCCUGACGAGCACCUGGAGCACGAGGACAAACAGAACCGCCUCCGAGCCCUGAAGAACCGACAGAACCUCUUCCAGGAAGAGGGUAUGAUAAACCUGGUGUUGGAGUGUAUUGACCGUCUCCACGUGUACAGCAGCGCGGCUCAUUUUGCUGAGGUGGCUGGGAGGGAGGCCGGCGAGGCCUGGAGAUCCACACUAAACUCAUUAUAUGAGCUCCUGGCUGCGUUGAUAAGGGGCAACAGAAAGAAUUGUGCCCAAUUCUCCGGCUCGUUGGAUUGGUUGAUCAGCCGGCUGGAGAGACUGGAGGCCUCGUCUGGUAAGUGAUCUAUAAUCAAUAUAUCCUUUUUACCCUCCUGUAUGGCAUUAUCACAUAUCACUGUUGCAGCAGAAUAGACAAUCUGCAGUAGUAUCACUGUUACAGUAAAGCAAGAGAGAAUAGGGAGAGAGGGGGAGAGAGAGCGAGACGGGGGAGAGAGAGUGUG